AUGUUGAAGUCUCUCGGACUCAUUGGCAGCGUCGCUGCUCUCCUCACAGGAGCAUUUGCGUGCGGCGAUCAUGGCUGCUACGGCCCAAUUGACAAGGUCGAGCAUGUUCGUCACGUCAAGCGUAUGCAACCAGGUGCGCCCAAUGCCACAUAUGGUCCAAAGGCACCUCUUGAAUGGGGUCAGGUCAAUUUCCUUCAUACCACCGAUACUCAUGGCUGGCUGGAAGGCCACUUGAAGGAGCAAAAUUACGGCGCUGACUGGGGCGACUUUGUGACGUUCAGUCGUCGCAUGAAGCAGACGGCUGGUAACAUGGGAGUCGACCUGCUUCUUGUUGACACUGGUGAUUUACACGACGGCAAUGGCGUUUCAGAUGCGACGAAGCAGGAUGGCACCAAGUCUAUGCCAAUCUUUGAUGAGAUUGAGUACGAUUUGCUGACAAUUGGAAAUCAUGAACUCUACGUUACCGAAGUUGCGUACCAGAUGUUCAAUGAGUACGCCAAGAAAUGGGGAGACAGAUACGUCACCUCCAAUGUCAAGGUUCUCAACCAAAAGACGGGCAAGUUUGAGUACGUGGGCGCCACCCAUCGCUAUUUUACUACCCCCAAGGGACUCCGUGUCAUGGCUUUUGGCGUCUUGUUUGACUUUACCGGCAACUCCAAUGCAUCGCAAGUCAUCAAAGCCAAAGACAUGAUCAAAGAGAGCUGGUUCAACGAAGCCCUCGCCAGCAAAGAACCCGUCGAUCUCUUCAUCCUGUUCGGUCACAAUCCCGUCCGUCCCACCGACUCAGCCAGCACCUUCAAACUCGUCCUCGAUGCCAUUCGUGCUUCUCAUGCCAAGACACCCAUCCAAGUCCUCGGCGGACACAGCCAUAUUCGUGACUUUGCAGUCUACGACGACAGCGCCGUGGGUAUCGAGUCUGGUCGGUACUGCGAAACCCUAGGCUGGAUGUCUGUUUCUGGUUUCGACUCAUCGAACAGUGGCUUCAAGGGCGUCAAGAAUCCUCACGGUGUGCCUAAUCCUUCGAGACCAGCCAAGGAAGGUUCCAAAUCACCGUUUGUCUACUCCAGACGGUACUUGGACUGGAACCGCAAGACGUUCCUCUAUCAUUCUAAGCAGACUGAGAAGACGUACGACUACCACUCUGGCCUGCGUGUGACGGGGGACAUUACCAAAGUUCGCGAUGAGCUCAAGCUCGGCCAAGUAUACGGCUGCGCUCCGCAAGAUUACUGUAUCGACUGUGCGCCGUUUACUGAUCCGAAGAAUAUCUUCCCUGGUGUGAUUUACCCUGCUGUUUCGGCGGUUGUUCUGAACGAGACUCGCAAGGAUAAGUCUCGUAUUAUUCUGGGCAACACUGGUGCUAUUAGAUUCGAUCUUCACAAAGGUCCUUUUACGUAUGACGAUAACUUUAUUGUUGCGCCGUUUAGGGACGUGUUUCUUUACAUUGCGGAUGUUCCCUUUGAUAAGGCGUCGGCGGUUCUUGACAAACUCAACAAAGGCAUCGUCAACAAACGAUUUGUUUCUACGCGCGUCCCCAGCGAUGAAUGCACCAAUCCAACACUCGGAUACAUGAGUCGUCGCGAUGUGCGUGAACCUCGUGGCAUUGUUCGUCGCCAGGACGGAGUCGUCCCGGGGUACACUACCAAGGAUGACUGGGGAACUGAUGGUGAUGAUACUGAGCACUCGGCGAUUCCUAGCUAUCGCAUCCCUGGAUACUGGGAGGCUCGCGCGUCGUUCCCCAAGGAUGGCAGCAACCCUGAUAAAGUCGACCUCAUCUUCUUUGACUUCAUCCAGAGCCUCGUACUUCAGGACCUUGGAGCAGGGUAUACGGCCGACAUGGUACAGUGCUACAUCAACUGCACUUUUACGUCGCAGGAUUUCAUGCUGCCGUAUGCCAAGCUUGCGUGGCAGGAGAAUGUGGAUGACUGUCCUCUUUGA